AUUUCCCAGUCCUCGAGUUUCUCUCUCUUCACGUCUGCAUAAAUAAAGCCCACAUAUUAUAUAUAUAAAUAUAGCAUGGGAAACUGCAUCAGGAAGGAAUCUGCAAUGCAAUGGGCCGGCGAAGACUGGGGAUCUCCGGCGUCGGAAUCUCCAUUUUCAGGUGAGAGAGGGCAAGAGAGAUCAUCGCACGGAAAGUUUACGCAGAUGUCGGCGGCGGCGGCGCAGGUAACGGAGGUGAAGAUCAAGAUCACGAAGAAGCAGCUGGCGGAGCUGGUGAAGAAGAUGGAGAGGAAAGAGCUACUGGUGGAGGAGGUGGUGGCGCUGCUGGUGAGCGCCGGCGACGGGUUCGAGGCACACCACCGGCCAUGGAAGCCGGCUCUGCAGAGCAUUGCAGAGUAGUCGAUUGAUUGAUCAGUUCUUCUGCUCUAGGGUUUAGAUUAGAUGGAAAUGUAAGUAAUUUCUAAUUAAUUCUCUUCUUCCGCUAAUCCUUUGGGAUCUUCUUUCUUUCCUUCUAGAUUAGGGUUCGAAACCAAUAUACUCUUUAGGGAUUUUUGUAUAGAAAGUGUAACUCAAUCUUGAUCCAAUGAUGUUGCAAAUGUUCUUUUGUAUUUAAAAUUCAUUUUUGAUUCUUUUUUGCUAAA